CGGUACGGUACGCUUUUCACUCGACGCGCGAGCUUCUCGUGAUCGUGCAUAGUCGAUCGCCGCGGUUCGCGAUCGCGUUUCGCGCCUCUACAAGGAAGCGCUCCCUCUGAAACAAAGUGCCGCGUGUAUUUAGUGCCCAGCUUCGAGUGCCCGCCUUCCGGGGCUCGGCAGAGUGCAACGAUGUUACGGUGGUGCCCAACCGUCAGCCGGUGAUAAGGUACACCUCUCCGCGAGUGACCGCAAUUUCCGCGCAAAACAGUAACACGGGCCGUGAAACAAGCCGGGAGGCCAAUAAACCGAACGAAAACGAAACGAAGUUCCGAGUCGCAACCCACAACACUGGCUAACAGCAGCCCAGCCGCGUUUGGUGGUUGUCGAUUGAUUAGUACUUCUGAUUAACCAUUAAUCAACACACCGCGGGGGCUGCCGAUCGGGGUGCCGUAGGACGUGCAAGUGCACCCGGGCCGCAGCCAAACACCUCCCAACGUGGAUUGCGGUGCACCGGAACCGUAUUGAUCCGGUGCGGUGCCUUACAUUGAGGAACAACGAGGCGCAUGAAAUCAACCGAAAAUAUGGGCAACAUGUUCCUGCUCAUGUUCGGCCUGCAGCUGGUCUGCCUUCGCUGUGUCAGCGCUUCUUGGGGCUCGCCCGACAGCAACCAGUACCACAUACAGACGGAUGAGGGUCCUGAGCGCUACUUCCGCUACCAAACGGACAACGGCCAGUUCCGCAAGGAGAAACGGUUGCAGGAUGGCACGGUGAUAGGAACGGAUGCCUGGAUUGACGCAUCGGGCUACCUCCGGCAGAACGACUACAUCGCGGACCAUAAGGGCUAUCGGAUUCUGAAAUCGAAAACCGUCUACGUCGGGCGAGAUCGCCCGAUACAGGAUGCGAUAAAGGUGGCCAAAACUAAGCCGGCAGACUCGGGUGUCCUGGUGCCAUCGGAUCCAUCCUACGAGCCUCCUGCGCCACCUCCACCAGCUCCUCCCCAGCAUCGAACACCCAUUCAACCGGUCGCCGUUGGUCCCGCGACACCCGCUCCGAUCUCUCUGCACCACGUCACACCCUCCUUGCACGCCGUCUACGUACGUCCUCACUCCGAGCCGAUCGCUUCAAACCAUCUGCCUCCAUCGCCUUCAGCCGGCCAGUAUUAUCCUACCGCAACGCCAAGACCACCACCACUCGACAUCUACGUUCCAUCAUCCACCUACGCCCCACUUCCCGGGAACGACCUGUCAUCGGCACCGAUCGCGGUCUACGCACCGUCGUCCACACCGUCCCCGCUGCGUGACGGUUCCGAAGCUCAUCUACCUCCGCUGGUGCUGUACCGCAGUGGUCACAUUGCGGCCACAACAUACUCACCACCGCACCGUCGACGAAGACCCAAUCAACCGCAACGACGACCGGACGAACCGAUCGUCAUCAGCUCGUCGCGGCCCUACGUCGAAAGUUCCACUCCGGUCGCUAUCAGCCUCAAGCAGCACCAGCUCGGGCCCUCGGAUAACAACCUGCUCGAUGGCUACGGAGACUUCAAUCGUGAUCUGAUCGAACCACCGGUGAACCGGUACGAUCGGUACAACAGCCGGUACACCGUGGACCCGAUCCGCCGGGCGGACACCGAAUCCCAUCCGUACGACGGGGUGGCCGUGACGAACGAUGGUUUCCGGUACUAUUUGCCCCGGCAGUACCACGAGGAGCGCCACUCGGGCUCGGACACUCGCGAUGGUUCGUUCGGGUACAUCGAUCCGUUCGGUAUACGGCGCGUCGUUUACUACAACACCGUCCCCGAGAAGGGAUUCGUACACCGGAAGAACAACCGAUUCGUGGGCUUCAAUGCGACGCCCUACGAUCCGAGACCGGGCGAAGCGUAGGACCGACCGAGGAAGGACACCAGACUCCUGUCCACCGCCACACAGCUUAGCUGACUCAUCUUUCUCCACCUCUUCCCUAGCAACUGAACAUGUCGUCGAAACGGUUUAAUUAUUUAUUUCCCAUUUAACACUCUGCUUCGUAGCUUCAAAAUCAGAUCAGAGGAACGGUAACGGCAGGCCCUCGGGUGAUCCUCGCUUUUUCGCCUCCCUCAGAACCGACCAGCCUAGCACGGAUUUCAGUUAACCAGCAACAACCUCCCCGAAUCGAAUAGCUCGGUGCGCUCGGUUUUAGCAGUCGGCGGUCGGGUCGGUGCGAUCUUGGAAUGCCUACGCACCGUGACACGGGCAGUGACUUUAUUUCAAAUUUAAAUCAACCACCGGCCAUACUUUGCAGCGGUUGAAGGCGAUGCGAUCGUUCAAUUUUCGUUACGCGUUGGCAGUCGUUUACCAUUUGACCAUUAAUCUGACCCCCGGCAAGCAAUUCCGUUUGAUCGAUUGCGCGGUCGUGUGGCAGUGGGCAGCGUUUAAAGGUGCUUUUGGUGGUGCAAAGUGGGGCUGAGAUUGAUUGCAUUAUGCUGUUUUCUAGUUGGGUUUUUUUUUGCUGUCCCCGAAUUGCGUCAGUUCCAAAAGUAAUUCGUGCAACAAUCAUUUGGCACCAUCUAACCUUAGGUGCGAUGUGAGACGUGCAAUUGAGUGUAUGUGAUGAGGAGGACAAAAAGCAACAAUAUUAAUGGACCUUCGACCGCUUUGGGCCCUAACUAGGACAGGAACUACCAAUUGCGCCGAGUGGUGGCAAUUAUUCCCCCGAAAAUGGAGCCCAUUCUCCUGCCACCAUAGCCUUGAAAAGAUCGCCCGAAUAGACUGAAAAUGGUAUUUGACCAUUUUUAGAUUCUUUUCCCCUAUCCGAUGCAAAUCUCCGCUCGUAGCGUGUCCUCGUAGAUCGCAUUCGUCCGACCGCCACGACCCGGCACCAUGUGUACGAUAUGCCGAAUGUUUUUGCAAAUUGCCAUAAUCUUAAGCCUUAGAGUAUAACCUAAGUUUUAGAAUCAAACACAAACAAGUGCUACCCACAUCGGAUCGGUUGCUGGUAGCGGUAGUAUUUAUAGAGAAGUGGUGUGGCGUCCCCAAUAGUGUAUUCCCAAGUUAAUGAGAAAACUAAUUGCCAUAUAACCCGAAAGAAGACCACUGUGUGAGGAGCAGUUGGCAUUCAGCAUAAAGAAUCCAGUGUUCAUCCGAUCACAAAACCAGUGCACUAAUGUGAUCCGCCGCUUUGCUUUAAAACUCCUGUUCAUCCACCUCAAGCAUCAGGGACACACGCUGGCUCGUAUGCCAUUUCUCCGGCAAUAGAUCUUCAUUUCCGUUCAUGCGCUACGCUGACAAGCGGCCCGCUAUGUCGUAAGUCGUAAAUUUUAACACAAAACCAGUACAAGAAAUGAACUUCCGUUACGGAGAAUGCCGCACUGUGGUCGAUCGUAGACACUACGACGACAGCUCAUGGCGGUACUGUACGAGCACUGAAGCGCGCUGUCCGCAUUCGCGGUACAACGAGUAAGGCUUGUUUGUGAGGUACGAUCGCACGGAAGGACCCGCACACAUUCGGCUCGGCUUCCGCGUUACCCAGCCCAGUAUUUUAAUAAAGAUGCGAUUUUCAU